AUGGAUAGAAGGUCUGCUAGAAUAAAAGCAGAGUUAGAAAGAUAUGGUUGGAAAGUUUCGAAGAAGUUUAAAUAUAGGAAGGGAAGACCCAUAAAAGUCUAUGACAAAUUGUCUGGUCUUCGCUACGAAAUGGAUUUGGAAACAGCACGUGCCAAUUAUCCAAACAGACUAGAGAGGUUAGAAGAAGAACGUCUUAUGGACAUGCCUUUCGAUGUUAGUGAACCUCAAGUUGAAGGACACGACGGCUUUGCCAGAUUCUACUGGAAACAUGACGAACAAUUGCAUCCUUUGAGAAGGAAAAAAGGAAAAGGUGAAGACGCACAUGCUCCCAUGGAAAGAACAAGAUAUGCAUAUGAAAAGUAUCGUGAAGUUAGAAGUCAAAUUACAUCUGGUCGAACCUUUACAGUAAACUUUGACGAAGGAAAGAACAAAGAAGGC